AUGCCCCUCUCCCUCUCGGACCUCAACGCCGACACCCCACCCUUCCUCACGACCGCCUUCCACAAAUCCUCCCUCUCCCACUUCCUCGCCAGCGGCCGCAUCCUCGCCCUCUUCCUCCGCGACCUUGCCCUCGGCCCCUCAACCCCCGAAGACACCAUCAACGCCCUCUUCGCCGAAGGCAACUACGCGGCCGACUUCAAAGUCCGGAUCUGCGGCUCCACCUUCCCAGCCGUCAACAAUUGGUUGACGUUUCUUCCUUCGGCGGAGGCGUGUGUGGAGGUUCCAUGGGUUUUCACCGUGCUUGGGGUGCUGGUGUGGGUCGUAGGAAUGCUGUGUUUGUUCGGCUUGGUGUUGCGUUCGGUGUGGUUGUUGGUGAGGAUGAUUUGGCUCGUGGUUGGUUUCUUGCUUGAUUGUUUGGUUGAGCUGGCGGGUUGGGCUGUGGGUGUUCUUGGGCGAUGGCUGGGAAUGGGGGAAGAGGGGCCGAGGGAGGUGCCGGUUGUGGUCGUUGUGGAUACGGAGAGGAGGCAGUGA